GCAACAGAUCCAUCUGUCCAUACAAGACUUCUCCCAAUGGCAUCGACAACUCCCUACCCGCCGUCGCGCUCACACCCUUCAAGCCGCAUUUCCACCGAGGAUGCUCUCUCUGCCAUGACCACCUUCAUCGCUGCUUCGGAAUCCACUCCUUGGCUGCACCCCGACGCUCGCAUUACCCCCGACGAGAUCAAAUACUCGACCAAUGGUGGUCCACAAGGAGGCAUCAUCAUGCACCACCUGCGCCGCAUCGAGAAGGGUCUGAACGGCGAGAUUCUCGCUCCUGAACCUGACGAUCUCUUCGACUUGCCAGAGGGUGACGAUACCAACCUUGACAACCUCUCCGCUGGCUACCAGACUACAUUAGACGGGGGCAUGAAGAAGGGCCCAAGGAAGACUUUCGAGGACGAAGGCGAGGAUCCCGAAAGCUAUGCGCGCAACCAAGAGAUCGUUGAGGGUGAAGUUGGCGACAGGGAUACCAGUCAUGCUCACUCAGCCUACGACGCUGAUGCCAUGGACGUCGACGACGAGGCAUAUGCUGGUACCGGCCUCUCCAAGGCCGAAAGGGAGGCAAGAAAGGAGGCAAAGAAGAACAAGAAGAAGACGAUAGCGAGAGAGAAGGCUGCAAAGAACAGAUCAGAGGGUUGAUCAAGUCUUUCCCUCGCUCUUCAAAGGCCAUCCAAUCUCUAUCCCCAUCAUCAGCAGACACGCCCUGACCGCUCACCGUCACACACUGUUGAAUCGGGAUCUUGUCUUCAAAAGGGUCUAUACGCCCUCGGACACAUUUUUAUCUACGACAACUGUUCUACAGCUCACGACCAGUUGAUUCGCCCAACGUCUUCUCAUCCUUCACCUCUUCCUUUGCCUGGGACACCUUCUUCUCGCUGGUCCAGCCAACUGCCUUGAGGCGUUCUGUUAGGAUGGGGUGCGAGUAAUGGAAGCUGGAAUACAUCCAGUCCGCAUCCAUACUCGAGAGGUUUUGAAUCUGGAGCUUGAUCAAAGAGCUGGCCAGCUCCGCCGAGUAACCGAGCUUGAGCGAAAAGUUGUC